UAGAGGUUGAAUAAAUAUAUUACCUACAUUUGACUAGUUGGUAACGAGGUAUGCUGACAUUUUGUUACCUAUAUAUUAAUAAAUAAUAAUACGGAACACAACACGACACUGUAUAAGUCGAUAAUAUAAUAUUAUACCGCGGUAUUAAACCCAACCAGUGACCGUAACGUGCGCUGCUGGGCCAGCAAGUGGCAACGGUAGACACUAGACAGUAGUCUCAGCUGAAAAUACACGUUCAGUCCGGACGUUUCUCAAUCGCGGUCGUCAUCUCACCGCCGUCGCCGUCGUUCGGGUUCAGUGUACGGGAAGCGCGUUUUUAUACGUGAAUAAUAUAACAUAUUAUUAUUAUACGGUCAGCGUGCAGGACUGCGGUAGUGGUAGUGGUAACGGUACAGGUAUACGACAUGAUAUUAUUAUAUAUUAUAUAUAUAUCUCAUGUAUAGAAGCCACGCCGGUCGUCGUACCGGUGCAAAUAAUAAUAACAACAACGCGAAGGCAGUCAGUGCGCGUCAGUCGUCGUGUUCGGUCCUGUGUUGCUUUCUGGACACGUCUGUCGUUUCGCGCGCGCCAACCGAACGUAUAAUAAUAAUAUUAUAUUGGUAGGUACUAUAAUAAAAUAACUAUACAUAUAUAUCGUAGCCAUAGUUGUACACUGUUGUACACGAAACCGCAAAUAAUCAAUCGAUUAUAUCCGUACACGAUAUUCGCCAGCCAACGAUAUACAGAUAAUAUUUGCCAUUUUAUCCAAUGUAUAUUAAUAUUAUUUAUUCGUCUUCGUGAUCCGUAAAACCAUUCGUCUGCAUCGGCUACAGGAAUGCCCACCAUCUCGCCGAUGGCGUCAUCGUCUGACUGGAGCGCAGUUGCGUUCCCACUGCUGCUGCUACUACUGUCGUCGUCGUCGCCGCCACCGUCUUCGGCUGCCGUGGUGGACAGCGGCCGACUGUUCCCGGCCGGCGUCCAGUACGAGUACGAGUCGACGACCACCGUGCUGACCGGUGGAUCUUCAGACAACCGAGACCCGGCGGUAGGUCAUCGGGUGGUCGGUCGACUGUUGGUCGCCAAUCUCUGGCCCGCUACCGAUACCGCCGGCGACAAACUGUUGCGGCUACACUUCAAGUCACCCAAACUUCAAACGUGGUCUAAGAAGUCUAAAAAUGAUGGUAAUCGUCAAUUUAUCGACCGUAAAUCGAGGAUUGAUAGCAGGUUUUCAGACCAACCGUUUUUUGCGCACUGGAGGAACGGGCAUAUAGAAAACCUGUAUGUCUCUUCUGCUAAUUCAUUGACUGAGGAAAAUUUUAAAAAAGGAAUCGCUGGCCUCUUUCAGUUUCAAUUGUCAAACCAACAUGCUGUAGAAUAUUCUACGCUCGGAGAGUGCAACGUGACCUAUACUAAAAUAAAUGAAAAUAGUGUUUCAAAACGAAUUGAUGGAUGCAUUUCGCCUACAACACUGCCACCUGAAAUUAAACAUCCCGAUAAAAUUUGGCAAGGAACUUUACGUUCAAAACGUGAAGGUUUACUGAUAUACAACCAAAAAUCCUUGGUUGAAGUGUCUUUUGACGAAAAUCAUGAGUUUUCUACUAGCUUUAUGAAUGAAGUAGGAGCUUCGGUGUCAUCAAAACAACAUAUAGAAUUAAAAGAAACCAAACAAAAUGAAGAUAUCAUUGAAGCCAAUACAUUCAAAGAAGCAAUUCAUCAAUUAGAAAAACAACUCAAACUGAAACUAGAAAAACAAAAUUUAAGUCCAAUCCACGAGGUUAAAAAUUGUAAACACUACAAUUCAUGUAAUAAAUUAGACGACGUGGUUAAGAAUUACCACGACUCUUUAUUGGAUUCAGAACUGGGAAAGUCUAAAUCGGCUUAUGGGGCGAUCAAAGUAAUGGAUGCUAUUGAAAACAGUGACACGAAAACUAUUAAAAAAGUAUUGACCGAUGAAAAAAAUGUGGAUAUAGUAGUUCAAUUAUAUGACUUAUUAGGAGCUGCAUUAAAUGAAAAUUCCCAUAAAGCCUUAAUGGAAACACUAGACUUAACUGAUGCUAAAAGCGUCGAAAAAAUAGAAAGAUACUUAUGGAGCGCAUCAAUAAAAUUCAAUCCGAAAGUAGAAAUCAUAAAAAGUUUAUUAUCAAUCACUGAUGAGAAACUAGCCAGUAAAAAAAUAGUGGACACCUUAUUUAACACCGUGACCGCUAUGGCCAGUCGUUUGGCUCGUUACAAUCACACGGACGCAAAUGUUCUCAUUUGCGGUGAACUAGUCGUUAAAACAUUGGAGAGACUGGAAAAAUGUAAAUUAGACGACGACGAAUGCAUACUAACGUACAUCAGAGCGUUGUCUAAUCUCAAACAUCCGCUGUCGAUGGAAGUGCUAUUAAGCUUUGCACAACACGGAAACAGAAUGACUAGCGCGUACGCCAUGAAAACGAUUAAAAUGUUUGGGCCGGAUUUGUGGGACAAUCGAGUGCUGAAAUAUUGCAACAGAAUUUUCUUUCAGUUGGUCAAAGAACAGGACAGCAGCACCAGGACAAUAGCACUAGCCAUACUCCUGGAGUCUGAUCCAGACUAUGACCUGCUGAAACACGUGGUUGAGUGGCUCUCGGCACCCGGUGAGGGAUACGAAAUCAAGCAGUACGCAUUGGAACUAUUGAAGGAAAUGGCUAACCAAAAUGAGACCUCAGCGAGACUGUUGCGAACGGUGUUGGUUCGUGAACGGUUGAACCACUACGGCAGCAUGGCUCAGAGAGGCUUGUCGUCGUGUUUUUCAAGAAAAUUCAUCAACUAUAACAACAUCACUGGACUGGUGAAAAACUCUCAACAGAUAUAUUCGGGAGUAACCAAACGUGGGUCCGUGGAUAUCGUCUUGGAACAUGACAACAUUAAAUACGACUUAUGCAGUUUCGGCAUGUUCACAACAGGACUCGGGUAUUUUACGUCCCUGUACGACGAUUCGGGCAAAAAGGACACGUCGGACGAGGCCAACUUACCGGCCACGGCUGGUCUAGAACUCGUAGUGUUCGGCGUGCACAUCAGACCGUUCAUUAUGUUUUCUAGUCAAGGCCAGUUAAUGGGACACGUCUGGGCCGGGACCGGGUCGGACAAAACACCCAUCAUUCAGGGUAUAUCUCAAAUGAUCGAACAUUUGCAAUACGUGCCACUGAGCAACGGAAUUACGGCCGAGCUAAACGUCAAAGGAAUGUUGUCACUGGACAUAUCCGGUCAAAUAGAAAUGAGCCUUUGGAAUAAAAACGCGCAAUCGGUAAUCGAGAAAAACGGUGGUAUCAGCAUACAGGGGUCAUUGAAAUUGGAUACAGACUUGGUAACAGACGAAGUAGACUUUGCACUGAUCACCGAAGGGCUGCUACACAUGCAUAGCGAAGCUGAAUUUGCGACAAAAAUCGUUUUAUGCAUGCGAAUUGUUUUCGUGGAUACAAACGUGACCACGACCGUAAGCAAAAGCGAAAAAGUCCAUGGGCUACCCCACAAGUCACACACGACCACCACACGGACGCAUCCAGUUUCCGGACGGACGUUCGCCUUAAACCAAAUGGUCAACGAAUUUUGUAAUACCAUCCAUUCUCAGUGAAGUGGUCAACUACGACAAGUCAGCAAUACACGGAAACGAAAUAUUUCAAAUAAUGAUAUUAUUAUUAUUAUUAUUAUUGUAAUUACCUCAAAACGCGACUGAAUUAUUUUUAUUUUAAGUUUUGUUAUACGGACAAUUCAGAACAAUAUAAUAUGGAUUAGUUAUUAUUUAUUAACUAUUGAA